GACAUAACGCCAUGCCAGAUUUUGCUGGAAUUUGGAAAAUGAAGAGCAGUGAGAAUUUUGAUGAACUUCUGAAAGCUUUAGGUGUCAAUGCUAUGCUUAGGAAAGUGGCUGUAGCAGCAGCUUCUAAGCCCCAUGUUGAAAUCCGUCAAAAUGGGGACCAGUUCUAUAUCAAGACAUCCACCACUGUGAGGACCACAGAGAUCAAUUUCACAGUGGGAGAUGAAUUCUAUGAGGAAACUGUGGAUGGCAGGAAAUGUAAGAGCUUUCCUGUUUGGGACAAAGAAAAUAAGAUUUAUUGUAAGCAGACUCUCCUGGAUGGAGCAGGACCAAGGACAUAUUGGACUCGUGAACUUGUGGGAGAUGAGCUGAUACUGACAUUUGGAGCCGAUGACGUGGUCUGUACACGGAUAUAUGUGAGGGCAUAAUGUAUGAUCUCUUCUUCUCGAAAUGAUCUCUACAGUUGCGUGACCUGGAUUCCCAAAACCAUCAGCAAUGGUGUCUGUCAGUGACAUAGGGAUCAUCUUCCUGCCACACCAGUCACCUGUUGCAUUUUUUAAGACAAAAAGUUUUCAUUCUUCUGCAAAAUCAGACUGUGUUCUUAAAAAUGUCUGUUUUAAUUUAAAAAAAUGAAUUUCAGAGUUGUGAAACAACAAUUUAAUGAAAAGUUCUGAUUCCUGUAACAUGAAUGUUGCAUUCUAAAAUGGUGCUUAGUAUUUUUAUACACAAUGCGUAUGCCAUUAGUCAAGGCAAAAAGAAAGGCCAUAAAUAAUUGUACACCUAAAAUAUAUUUUAAUUUUCUUUAAAUUGUUUUUUUUCCUAGUUUCUAAAGGACCUGCAAGUUUGUUUGCACAGAGACCAAAAAUCAUAAAGGUUGUCAUGUAAAAUCCAUGCUUUCCCAUCCUGUCUGCUGUACAAUGUCUUAAGCCUACAUUUUGUUACCUUUGAAUAUGCUCAGUUUUAGAAUUAAUUAUAUUAAUCAGUAUACAUUUUUAUAAUCUUACUAACAUCAUCUUCUCUGAAUCUGCUGUCCUAAUUAAUAUUUGCAUUGUGCACCACAUAAGUGCCUUUUUAAAAGGGUUGCACAAAUCUGGCAAAGGAUAUAUUUUUGCCUCUAAAAAUAUAGCUAGAUGUGUACUGUACAUCAGAAUGCUUAGUCUUAGUUUAUUAUUAUAACCCUUCACUAAUAUAGCAUUGGCAUACUUUGAAACAAUUUAAGGGGCAGAUUUACUAAGGGUCGAAUUUCGAAGUUAAAAAAACUUCGAAAUUCGACCCUCUAAUUGA